AACUCCUCUGCUCCGCUGCGCGUCAAAACAUUGCGUCUCUGCAGGAGUCUGCAGGCCGGACAGGAGAGCACAUUUUCCUGGGGUUGGAAUGCGAGAGGAAAUUUUGGAUUGGCACAGCUUCGAGAAGACCGAGGAGGCGCCACAUUUCUGCGUGGAUACCCGAUUUUUCUUCCUCUCAAAGGUGUUCACCUCCCAACCCACCGCCCACCACGGCCCUCACCUGUGUGUUGCGGUGCUUCCCCUGUGAGCCGACCUGGGCUGGCAGUCCCUUCUUGCACCGCCCGCCAACUCCGCCCAUGGUCAGAAUGACGCGCUCCAAAACUUUUCAGGCAUAUCUGCCGAGCUGCCACCGAACCUACAGCUGCAUCCACUGCCGGGCUCACCUGGCCAACCACGAUGAGCUCAUCUCAAAGUCGUUCCAGGGGAGCCAAGGCAGAGCGUACCUGUUCAACUCUGUGGUGAAUGUUGGGUGUGGUCCUGCAGAGGAGAGGGUUCUGCUGACAGGUCUGCAUGCUGUGGCAGAUAUCUACUGUGAGAACUGCAAGACCACUCUGGGCUGGAAAUAUGAGCACGCUUUUGAGAGCAGUCAGAAGUAUAAGGAGGGCAAGUUCAUCAUCGAGCUGGCCCACAUGAUCAAGGACAACGGCUGGGACUGAGCUCGCCUGCUGACGACAGGCGGGGAAGGACUGGGGGUGGGAGUUGGGUGGGGGAGUGGCCGUGUGUGGUGGGUGAGUGUGUGACUUUGGUUCGGCCAAUUUACCAUUAACCUCUGUAACUUACUGCCCAUCCCUCCCCGGGAUUCCCCCGACAUAAACAGACACAAACACACAUCCGCAGUUUGAUGGGCAGACCAGGUCGGCUUGUUCGCAGCUAGCAGGGCUAGCAGGGCUGUGUGAUUUUUGAGUUUUAUUGUUCUGAAGCACCAUCCUAGAAAUUGAACUCCCAAACAAAACUCUUCUGCAGCAACACAAGUCCUCUAAAUAUGGUGGACUGUUCUGCCCGGUCUAAUACGAUGAUUAGCAGACUGUUGGGUCAGUCCCUGGAUCUGUUGCCAGAAGGAGAGCAGUUGGUGUCGGUUGGAGAGCUGGUGAGCGUUCGCUCUUUCCCCAGCAUGAAUGAGAUGACUUAAGAUGAUUACAACAAAUCCAGCUGAUCAGGCCCUUGCCAGCUGGACCAGAGAGGAGGCCCGGCCGGCGGCUGAAAGGCUCAAGCGCAGUGGGCAGGGUGGGGAGUGGUGGAUGCAGGGUAAAAUUCUGUUUUCCUAUCCUGUUUUCUUCUGGCAUCGAUUGAUUCCGGGAUAAAUCGGCUCCGUGGUCUGCCGGGGUAGCAGGCCCAGCAUAGAUGCAGACGUGGGGAUUUCAGGCUGGGCUAUAGCUUGCUGGGAAUUUUCAUGUGAUUAUAUCUUUCUGUCAGUCUAAUGCUGGCAGAGGCGACGCCUUGGUCACGUGCCCUCGGUUUGGUCAUGAGCUGUCAGCCUUGGCUUUUGGUUUGUGAUAAUGCACCAUAAACACACAAACUAGCCCUGCUGCCAUGCCAAGUGGAUGUUUAAGAGGUGCUAAAAGAGCGGCUCGUGUACGAGUAGACAAAUGAAAACCCUUGGACUGCAACAGUCUGUACUGUGGACGUACUGUCACAAUCCAACAGCAGCAUUUUUUUCCAUCUGGGAUUGGCGUCAAGCUGCUGUUGCCCUGAUCUUCCAGUAAGAUCUCUCAUAAUGCACCACACUUGAUCCACUUUAGUCUGCCUGCUUACUAAAUUAUUACUCUCCUUUAACGGGCAAUAUUGGAGUUGAGGUUACGGGAAAGAAAGCCCUGCUCAGGUACAUUGACGCUAACUUUCCUUUGCUGAGGCCAGGAUCCUACUGAUUGAGCUGGAUGUGUGAUUUCUGUUGGGUUUUUUUUAAAUGGUGGCAUAAAUCUCCAUUCCGUGCAGGUUCAAUGUUAAUGCAUGCAUAAUACAAAAGCAGUUUCCAACCAGUUUUUGUGCGGCGUUCUCACCACUUUCCCGUGAAAAGUGUGUUGCAGUGAAACUUGUGCUGUUAUGCAACAUCUGCUCAGUUUCAUCUCAGCCCGUUGGAGGGGACGGCUCAUCUUGCAGCGACGCACAGCGUACAGGUUAGCGACCAGCCUGCUUUAGAGAAGGGAAAUUAGUCGUUUGUUACAAACACACCCAGUUUCCUGUGAACUUUUGAAGUUUCGUUGAUUGCGGCGAGCCUACUCAAACAGUUAACUGUUAUCAGUACGUUAAGCCCAGCACAACCAAAGAGCCCGCCGUUUACCAUAAACUGCCCGAGCAAAAGAUUUCAUUUUACGAAAUUUUGCAAAACUGUAGGCGAGGUUGGAGCAAAGUGUGGGGGUAUAGCCUUUUUCUGUGAUAUAUAUAAAUAUAUACAGGUUGCAUUACUAUUUUGUGAAGAAAAAAAACCUUAAUAUAUAAAUAUAUUCUAUUUACUGAAUCAUUCAGAAGAUUACCAUGUUUGUCCACCUGUGUGUUACUGACUGUAAAUAGUGUUUAUGUAUUGUGUUUUAUCAGUGGUCCAUAAGAUGACAAAUGAAUAUGAUUUCAGUCGUGCUUUCUCACUGGUACCAUGCAUUUGGCUGUAAGAUACUACUUUUUUACUGGAAUAUUUCAAUUUUAACGUCUUUUGAAAAGGAGGAUGCUGAUGUUGACUGUACAUCAUUGGAUUGUCAUGGAAUAAAAGGCACCUUAAUAUCCG